UUCAUUCACUGUCAUAUUUUACUCAAAAUAGUAACAACAAUGUCUCACACAAGCGCAGACACACAUAAAUAAACAUAUAUGUGCAUGGACUCACAUAAUCACCAUUCAUUCAUACUUUAAUAAUGCUUUAACAUAAGGGUGUGUUAGUUGGACAUUUGCUCUAUAAUUAGUUUCAAUAAACCUAGAAUAAAGUAUAAAACCAUUCAAAUAUGUUUGGUAUCACGGUAGAACGUUUUUCAGUGCUGCAUUUUUGUAACCUGCUCAUUUGGAAAUAUGUAUGUUUUAUGUUCAAGUUAAAUCAGAAAUGAAUUUUUAUGAUCUCAAUUUCCAUGUGUAUAUAUGAAAAGUUCAUGUGGGACUUGUGAUACUUAAGAUAUAAUUGGGUUAAUACAUGUUACAGUUGUUUAUAUGUGACAGCUGUGUUUAGUAGCCACAACACUGGGUGGUAUUGCCAGGCAACCGUCCUAGACUGCUGGUCAUUGGCUGAGUCUCCUGUCACUCACAGCACCAGUGUUUAUGGGAGCAGCUGAUAGGACUGUUAGAUCAGUUCCUUUUUCCAUGAUCUGUCCUUGAGUUUGAUUGAACACUGAGGUCGUCACCAUUUAACCUCAUGCAAAACUUUCAUUUUAUUCCGUAUUUAACAGCCAUAUCUGCAGUUGACUUUACAUCCUGCCAGACUCUUAACCACUGAGUUGAAAUAGUAAAAUUACUGCAGUCAACAAUGUAGAGAUCACGUUUUGGCCUCCCUGGAAAAUUAUUUUGCAUAGAUAUGCAAAUGUAUUCCAAAAUGUCUACUGCUAUAAAUAGUGAAGAGAAAAAAAGAAUAUUCUGUUCCCUUGUUCUUAUUUAUGGUUGAUUAUGGUAUUCUCUUUUGUUUUAUUUGAAGUUGUUCACUCUUAAGGCAUUAUAAAUGCUGUUUUUGAUUGGCUGUCUUUCAGUAUACAAUAGUCAUCAGAGUUUAAAGAUCACAGGAGUUUUACAGCAGAGUGUGUUUGACUGUCGUUGGUACCGAUUCAUUUUGAUGCCCUGGAUCUUAUGAGCUGUCAUGCAGCUCUUUCAUAUGUUAGCUAAAAAUAGUUCAAACUGAGGCCCAGCUCUGGGUUGGGGAGGGACUGUGGCUAACAUGAUUUUAACCAAAUCUCUCACAGUGCAGGGCGUUGUUAUGUAAUAUAUGCAAACCUUAGUUCCGGUCCUCGAAUUGGCCAUGUUUUUUCCCUUGAGUGACAUUUCAAGAGCAUUGAUUUAGAAUACAACAGCAUUGGAAAAUUUCAUUUUUUGUGUCACUCUGUCUGUCUGUGUUAGUGGUGUUCCAAACUGGCUGUCAAUCUGUGCAUUACAGGUGGGGAUUUUUUAAUGACUCUUUCUUUGAGUUGCAUCCUUGCACCAGUAGGUGACAAUAAGUGUCGAAAACUUUAUUGGAUGAGUGAGUCUUUGAAUUAUUCACUCAAGUAAUUUGUUAAAAAAAACACUGUUUCUGAUUUGAGACUGAGACUAAUUUGUUUGAAACUCUUUUUUUAAAUUAUUUUAUUUUUUUAUUGUUGCUGUUAAAGCAAAAAUUUACUGUCAGUAUUGUGUAGUAGAGAUGGUAAGAUGCAUCGGCAUAAAAGUUAACGAUGCGAUGCAUUGCAUUGAUUUAAAAAAAAAAGUGUGCUUCGGAUACAAGUUGGCAUUUGUAUCGUGAUGCAUCAUUUCUAACAUAUUUGCAUUGGCGAAAACUGAUUUAUUUGUGUGUGAAGAGUUCAUUUGCAAACACCGAUAAAAGCCACUUAAAAAAAAAAUGUAAAAAUUGCCGUGCAUUAUUCUCCCUAUAUAGCGCGAUCUGAACCCUAAACAAGUUUUGUCAAAAAAGCCAGAAUUGUCCACUUUCAAGGCAUCACGACAAAUGCCCUUGUUGUUUUUGAACAGAAGCCGAUAAGUCCAUUUUAGCGAAUCAGCGCGCUGUAUUCAGGUCAGGUGACAAGGCUACUUUCACUUUGAAAAGAUGCGCUAGCUGAGAGGAGUUUCGUCAAAGCUGACUAAAAGUGAUAGAGGAUGGAUAAUUUCGACGAACUUGAUGAACCUGUGAUAUCUACUUCAGGGCGAAAAAGGAAAAUAAAAGCUGAAAUGUUUUCACGGAGCCUUGCAAAAGCAGCGCGUUACAACAGUGAGGGAAAAGCUCCAUGUAUUGCGUGUAAUCACAUCCAUACAGAUUACAAAGAUUAUACUAGUGUUUUUUUAAAACUCUAAAACAUGAAAUGUGGAGUUAUCUACUUUUGCUAUUAAAAAUACCAUCCCCGCAAUAAGAAUGACGCUGAGUCAAAUUAAAAUAAAGAUGUGUUCUCACGUCUGGAGUGUUUAUUGAACCAAUCAGAUAAGAGUAAAUCGAGAGUCAGCAAGAACCUCAUUUGAUUGGCUGAAAGAAGAAGGUCCCGCCUUCCACACGCGCUUGCAAAUCUGAAAUCAGUGAGAGAAUCGUGCCAAAACUGCAAACGCAAAGACGCAGACGUACAUAGCGGGUUAUUUGGGGAACAUUUUGCUCUAUGCACGCAAGAAGUCAUUUAGACAGUUGCAACGAUUUUUUUUCUACACACACAUAUUGGUUUUACGCAGUCAAUCCGUUUUGCAGUUCUUGAUAAGGUUGUUUUCACUUGCAAAACACUGUGCACAGGCUUGCAAUACUUUUGGCUGUAUUUGGGCGAAACAACAGUGCCAAAAGUGUAAGCGCGGAAAAAUGAAAGUCAGAAGAUUACAGAUCAUAUUUAUUUUGCCUUAGCAUGAAGUUGCAGUUUCACAAAACAUGAUAUACACUUACAAAAAACAGUAAAAGGCUGCAAAUCUUUUUUUCUUAUGCUUGAAAUGCAAUUUGCACUUUUACAACUCUUUUCUUGCAAAUGCAAAAUUAAUUUACGCUUGCUAUCUUAUGUACACUUUCACAAAUCUUACCCUGCGCAUGCAAAUCUUUUUGACGUCAUUUUACCUUCAUAUUAAUCCCUAAUUGAGAUUUAAAUCGGAGUUUAAAUUUAUGGAGCAACAGGAUUAAAGUUAAUCUAUCUUAAAUAUAAAAUAAAUCCAGGAUCAAAAUAGUGGUUUAAAUGUAAACCUGCUUAUUUUUAAUAAAAAAGUCUAAAGUUUGGUGCAACAGAAUUAUUCGAUAAACCUUGAUUUAAUCUAGAUUUAAGAUUAAUCCUUAUUGGUGCAACCCACCCUAAGGCGUGGUAAUGUCAUGUUACAACAUUAUUUAGACAGUUUGGCACAUACCCCCAUUGUCUUUAUCCUUAAGUAAUAAUUUACUGUAAUGCAAAAUACAUUAGUAGUAUAGUAGUAGCAUGUUAAUUGUCAAGUAUAUUAAGAUACAGAGGAUGAUUUGUCGUGUUUUUUUGCAGUAAUGAACAUAAUUGGUUUCUUUUUUUGUAAAGGAAAGCACUUAAGUACUUAAUUGUCAUGUCAAAAAAAUCUCUCUUAAUUAUUCUUAAAAAUCUUAAUCGUCCUUUACGCAUUUUUUUCUUUUAAUUGUGUGGAAUUCAUUGGGACAUUACUAAUCAAGUCAGAGGUAAUUCCUUCAUAUCACUUCAUAUCACACAACAUAAAUCCAUCGCCCCACCAGCAUGAUGUCAUCAGUAUGAGACUUUCACCAGUGAGCCGAUGAGGUGGCAGCUGGAAAGUCAUCAACAGCAGGUCCACGGCACCGUAAAAUGACAUCAUAGCUGAACGCAAGCUUGUGAUUGGAUCAUUUACGCUAUUCAAUAACUGUGGUGUUGAAUAGAAUCAAAUUGCCAGUUUUAUCAAAUUAAAUCAGUAUUUAGUUUUAAAAAGAAUAUGAAUAAGACAAAGCCUUUGUAUAGAAUACAAAAAACUCAGUGGUCUAUAAAAAUCCAGGACCACUGCAGAUUAAGCGUGUCUCCUUUUUUCCACUGGUUUAUUUGUAGCAGUUCUUGGCACAGUGAAUUGCAGAUAGUCAGCUGCUUCUUUUGGCAGGCAGACAGAAGCAGAACACCUGCAGUCACUGUACCAGCCACUUACAUUUGAGCUGAACACCAAAAUCAAAGAUUCCAUGCAUGCAUCGCUACCACUGGCUGAAAACAUCAAUGGAAGAGUGAUGGAGAAAUACAGAGGGAAGUUAAGCAACAAAGCACAUGCAGACACAUGCAGUCACUAAUACAGCCUGGAGUCAGAGCCAGUUACCAUGGCAACCUUUCUAGAGGAGACGGGGUUGGGCUAUGACGAAGCAGCUGAUGAAGUGCGCUCUGAUUGGCUGGCUUUGCUGGUAGGCCCCGCCCUCCAAAACGUGAUACAACCUUGGCUAUAGCGGUACAGUUUCCUGCGCAACACUGCUGGCUUUUAGAGACGCUGCAUUUUUUUCCUUCAUCAUCUCUUGUUCUUUGACCUUGUGUGUGUGUAGGAUGUCUUGUGACUAGUUAGUGGCAGAUCGGUAGUUCGGGCUGCCGGGAGAAUGGGUGGCCGUGGGUGCAUGUAUGUGUGUGUGACCUCAGACGCCGGACGGGAGAGGCUGCAGCUCAAGACUGAAGGAGACUGAGCAUGCAGAGGUUUGUGGAGGCUGAUUACUACGAGCUGGACUGGUACUAUGAAGAGUGUGCUGACGUUCUAUGUGCUGAUCGAGUGGGCCAGAUGACUAAGACAUAUAAUGACAUAGAUGCUGUUACACGUCUCCUGGAGGAGAAAGAGCGGGAUUUGGAGUUGGCGGCUCGUAUUGGCCAGUCUUUGCUGAAAAAGAACAAAACCCUCAGCGAGAGGAACACCUUCCUAGAGGAGCAGGUGGAGCACAUACGAGAAGAGGUGUCUCAGCUGCGUCAUGAUCUCUCGAUGAAGGAUGAGCUCCUGCAGUUCUACACAAGUGCAGCUGAGGAGAGCGAUGGAGAAUCUGCUUCUUCCACACCUAUUCGCAGAAAUGACUCGUCUUUCACGGUCCCGAAUUACCUCCCUCUGGAUUCGCUACAGAAGAAACUCAAAGACCUGGAGGAAGAGAACAUUGUCCUGCGAUCAGAGGCAAAUCACUUGGAGACAGAGACCAUCUCGUAUGAAGAAAAGGAACAACAGCUUGUAAAUGACUGUGUUAAAGAGCUCAGAGAUGCUAAUAUACAGAUCUCCACGAUUGCGGAGGAGCUGGCUAAGAAAACCGAGGAUGCCUCUCGCCAGCAAGAGGAAAUCACACACCUCCUCUCUCAAAUCGUCGACCUGCAGAAAAAAGCCAAAUCUUAUGCACUAGAAAACGAAGAGCUCACUCAGCAUCUGGGAGCUGCUAAAGAUGCCCAAAGAGCACUAACAGCAGAGCUGAGGGAGCUGGAGGAUAAGUAUGCUGAAUGUAUGGAGAUGCUUCAUGAAGCUCAGGAGGAACUGAAGAACUUCAGGAAUAAAACGCUGCCUCUCAGUACACCGCGACGAUUCCACUCGCUCGGCCUCUUCCCCAUGGACUCUUUAGCUGCUGAAAUUGAAGGCACCAUGAAGAAAGAGAUUCAGAUGUCUGAUCCAGACGUAGAGGAACAAAGGUUGCACCCUAAACGUGUCUUUGCGACAGUGCGUAACAUCAACCAGACCGUUCGGCAGCGCUCCAUGGGCCCGUCCCCUAUGAACAUCCCGGGGUCCAAUCAGACAUCCUGUGUGAAUUCCAGGCGUUCUAGUUGUCUGAGCACACCCCGAUCGAGCAUGUACGGAGGGGAUGGUGUUGAAAUGGACAACCGCACUAACAGUAUGCUGAUGGAAACCCAGUCAAAUCAGGAUGGCUCUGAUGACUCCAACAGAAAGCCUGGCACGCCUGGCACACCCGGCUCCCAUGACCUGGAGGCGGCACUGCGUCGGCUUUCCCUUCGACGGGACAACUACCUUAGCGAGCGGCGUUUCUUUGAGGAGGAGAGAGAGCGUAAACUCAACGCCCUGGCAGAAGAGAAGAGCGACUUGUACGAGGAGAGAGAUGGUGGGAGUGGCAGUGAAGACAGCGGCCCCCUCACUCCGGCAGACAGCAUCAUGUCUCUGGGAACCCUGCACUCGGUUUACUCCAUCUACAGCACCCGAUCCUACCUGCCGGAGAAACUCCAGAUCGUCAAGCCUCUGGAAGGUUCAGCCACUCUGCACGCAUGGCAGCAGCUCGCUCAGCCCCACCUGGGCGGCAUCCUGGACACGCGGCCGGGCGUCGUGACCAAGGGCUUUCGACCACUGGAGCUGGACCUGGAGGAGGUGUACCAAUUCACCGACCUGGAGGAAGAUGAGCUAGGACAGCAUUCCCAAUUCACCAUCUCUACCUCUUGCCUGGGCUCUCUGCCAUGUUCACCUGCUUCACGACGACCUCGUGCCAACAAUCCUGAUAACCAGCAAGAGCAGCUCAGAGAAAAUGGAGGGACCCCUGGAGUGGGGCCAGAUCGAAUGGAGGCUGGAGAGGAGGAGGUCUCAUCUGUGCAUUUUCCUGGUAAAUGUAUGUCUCACACCAGCUCCACGUACACCUUCACCACCUGCAGGAUCCUACACCCUACAGAUGAACUCACCAGAGUCACACCCAGUCUCUUGUCAGGUCCAUCACUGGCUUCCUGUGUGAUGUCCAACAGCAGUCUGCGCUCAACCCCUGUGUCCACCCCCUGCACGCCUCGUCGCCUCAGCCUGGCGGAGAGUUUCACCAACCUCCGCGACUCAACCAAGACCACCAGUACCUCUCUGGGACUUGUGCGCCUCCUACAGGAGAGAGGUAUAUCUGCUGCUGUCUAUAACCCUCUCAGCUGGGACCGAGCGGAUCGAGCCCCUCCACCAGACCCCUAUUCAUCACACACUGCCACCCCUACACACACCGGCCCGGACACGCUCCCCUUCACCCCUCCAAACUCCCCCAACAAGUCCAAACCCACUAGUCCAGUGCUCCCUGUAGACUACAGUCCCUCGGACCCCCCCUACGAAACCUUCCUGGCUUCACGGCCAGCCAGCUCCAUUCUGAAGGAAGUGCGGGAGGCGGACGAAAGGGCUCGGACAGAUACGCAGUGUCAGACUGAAGUCAGCGUGCAGAACUUGAGACUGGUGGACAAGGUGAAGAAGUUUAGCCUGGCUCCCAGAACUUUGACCCCAGGGAUCGGAAGGCCGGGACAGCCGUUCGGGGCCCACGCUGUUGUGACUUCCCCUAUCCGGGGACUGCCAGUGCUGAACUCAGGGAUGAGAAGAAACCGCAGUUACCCAGCUAUGGUUGGGGCUAGUAUGGCUAUGAAGGGCCCGGGGCCUCCCAGCGAGGACCUGCUGUUGGCCCAUGGGCCACACAGACAAACUAGCCUCAAUGAAAAGUGAAUGUUGCCUCUCUGUCGUCCCCUUUUGCCUUUAUUUCAAUUUGCAUUGAUACGGUAUAUCAUCCCUGCGACAACUCGAGUGCCUGUUAAGAUGAUAUUUGUAUAGAUUAUUUUGUUAUAACAGUUGCUAUAACAACCUAUUUUGUCUAUUUCUCUGUCCAUCUGACCAACAUAUGUAGAGUACAAUUCAUACAGCAUUGUCACAUAUCUUGGUAUAUUCCAAGCUUUUGUCAUUGUGUGUGUAAAAAAAAAAAAAAAAAAAAAAUGGACAUUUCGCACUUACUAGCUGUAAGAAAAUGUAGCAUAUGAUCAAAGCAGAAAAUGAACGCCCCCAAAAUGACUUUUAAUUUAAGCACUUUUUGAAUUUAAAAACUACUCAAGGAUAACCAAGAAAACGUCUUUUUUUGUUACUGUUGUAAAUCUGGUCUUCCGAUGUGACAUUUCAAAAUUGAUUAAUUUCAUGAUGCUAGCAAGAGCACUGAUAGCACCUUAAUGCUAAUGGUAGCCCAGACAUUGGUGAACAAUGAAGUUUUGUCAUUUAUUAUUGACUUUUAGGUCAGAAUUUACUUUUUAAUGGCCAUUGAUUAGUGCUUUAAAUCAGCCCCUAGUGUGCCGAAAAUCUGUAAAACAUGCUUUUAUAAGUACAAAUACCUUCACAUAAGCCUUUUCCAUCGAGUCCAUCCAAUUAAAUAACUGUAGUGUAAUGUUAAUUGUCUAAAAUGGCUUAUUAAUGCGUAAUAUAAUAGUAAUUACAGUGUAAUAACAGUUCAAUGAUAUGACUCUCAAUAGAGGGCACUGUUGACAUGGAUUGGUGAUAAUUUGCACAUUAGCACAAUCUCUCUGCGCUUUACAUCCUCAAAAGUCAACUGACUGAAAUACUUCAGAGAGAAACCGAGACCACGGGGCUGUGAAGGUGCUGCAUGAAGAAUUGCAGCAGGUUUGAACUUGAAACCCAAUCGUGUUCAUGUUAAGUCAUCCUUUGAUGUCCUUUUGUUGAGACCAACAUUAUUUAUAAGUGUAUGUGUGGAAUUGCAGUAUCGAAGUACUUGAUAGAAAAAUUGCACAACUACAAUUUCUUUGGUCAAAAGGAUGUCAGGUUCAACUGAAAAUAUAUACUGUACAUCUGCUGUGGUUUUGGAACCUACUGACUGAUGUGUGUUGUAUGUAAAGCAAGUGAAUUUGUGUAUUGUAAGCUUUAAAGAUAUCAAGGGUGCAAUAGGAAUUUAUAGUGCCUGAUUUUUUUUUUUUUUUUGGACAGACUGUAUCAUAAUGGCUUCGCCUGCCACAGUAUGCACUGACAUAAAUACUGUAACUAUGUGUGAUGUUGACUUCCCAAUGCAGAUAUUUGAAGGAUAUCUUAUAUUUGAUGUAUUGUAUAGGAAGCACAUACAGUUGAAAGUGCAUGAGUCGUUCUAAAGAAAAGGUCUGUGUUUUCUUUUAGUUGAAGCAAGUUUAAUUUGUCAGGUGUAAAUGUGUGUGUACUGUAUGUGUGUGUGCGCGCAUUUAAUCAGCAUGACAUUUGUUGAAUGUGUUUCAGAACCACAGAGGUAUCUGCCAUGACUGAACAUUGAUUUCAAUGGUGUGUUUAUUUCAUCAGAUUAUUGAAGGGACAUUUUACUUGUACAUUGUAAAUGGUAAAUAUGCAAAGGAUUCAAACAUGCUAACUUUUAUAUAUAAAAAGCAAAAAAAGCUAAACUUGAGGUGAAAAAAAAUAAAAAAUGGAAAAGCGAUGACACUGGUGAAAAGUGGAGUUUUGAUUCAUGAAUUUUAGAAGCUCCCCAUUGCAGAGGAUCAAUAAACCAGUUGUGAUAA